ACAAAACAUCGGCAUGGGCGAAACACCGAUCCGCGUUUUUAAGAGUUUUCCAUAACAUGGGGGAGGGCAGGAUGCUACGCGUUUAAAUUUUUAGGGGGACGUAGAGCAAGCCUAAAAUCUUCUCCUGCGGGACUACGCUGUACUCGCAGGACAGAGCGCUGCAAAGUGGAAACUGUUCAAUUGAGAGGAGGCGCGUAAUAUCCAGAGAUGUAGAGUGGGUGACCUGGGAAUCCUUCUCUGCUACUCCUCACUGCGCGAGAGAGAGAGAAUGGUUUUUACAGUCUUGCACGAGUUUUCUAUCUUCCAGCUCGAGCUUUAGAGAGAGAAAGAGAAUGCCUGAGCUUCCAGAGGUGGAGGCAGCCCGCAGGGCCGUGGAAGAGCAUUGCAUCGGCAAAAGGAUCAAAUCUGCCAAAGUUGCAGACGACCCAAAAGUCAUUGAAGGCGUCUCUCCCCCCAACUUUGAGAAAUCAUUAGUGGGAAAGACCAUUGUUGCUGCGCAUAGAAAGGGGAAGCACUUGUGGCUCCAGCUUGGUUCCCCUCCUUUCCCCACCUUUCAAUUUGGGAUGUCUGGAGCUGUAUAUAUUAAGGGUGUAGCUGUGACAAAAUACAAAAGAGCUGCUGUAAAUGAUACUGAUGAAUGGCCUUCCAAAUACUCCAAAGUAUUUAUUGAAUUAGAUGAUGGCUUGGAGUUGUCUUUCACUGAUAAGAGACGUUUUGCAAGAGUGCGAUUGCUUCAAGAUCCUACCUCUGUACCACCAAUAUCUGAGCUAGGUCCCGACGCACUCCUUGAGCCUAUGACGGCUGAUGAAUUUGCCAAUUCUUUGAAUAAAAAGAAGCUCGGGAUUAAGGCUCUUUUACUAGAUCAGAGUUAUAUUUCUGGCAUCGGCAAUUGGGUCGCAGAUGAAGUGCUCUAUCAAGCAAGAAUUCAUCCUCUUCAACAUGCUACAAGUUUGUCCAAGGAAAGUUGUGUGACAUUGCAUAAGAGCAUCAAUGAGGUAGUGAAGUACGCAGUUCAAGUUGAUGCGGAUUGCAGUUGUUUCCCAGCUAAUUGGAUAUUUCAUUUUCGAUGGGGCAAAAAGCCUGGGAAAUUGAAUGGGAAGAGAAUUGAGUUCAUCACUGCAGGCGGCAGGACAUCAGCAUUCGUGCCAGAGUUGCAAAAGCUAAGUGGAGCUGCAGCUGAGAAGGUGAGAAAGAAAACUACAAAUCCAAAGAAAGUAAAUGAGGAUGAUGAGGACAAUAAUUCGGAGAGUGGGGAAGAGAGAGACACUGAAACUGAGCUUAAGAAAGAGAAAGCUACAAAGAGAGGGCGUCCCAAGCCUUCUGCAAAAGGGAAAACCAUAACCAGCCCUGCUUUCGAAGAAUAUCAACCCAAGAAAACCAUUCGGAGGACCAGAAUGGAACAAGCUAGUGCUGUUGAAAUGAAGUCUAGUAAGAGUGUCAAAGCUGUAAAAAAAGAUGUGAGUGCAAAGAAGAGAGGAAAAAAGUAGGAGCCAUGUGCAGAGCCAAAGCAAUUUCAAGAAGUGUAAUGUUGGAGAGAGAGAGAUUUAGCUGCAUGAAUUUGUUUUGAUGGUGGAUUUAGAUGGAACGGGAAGGAACUACCAAUGAUUGGGACUGGAUUUUGAGCUAGUAAAAAGGCAUGCUAGAUUAAAGGGAGAAUCAUAGCAGCUCUACAUACAUCUCGUGGUGUUCAUUUUAUGACGAUAUUUUUUGAAAAUUGAAACACUGGGUGAGAUUAAAUGACUGUGUCUCUCUCUCACACACACAUAUUUGGGUGAGAUUAAAUGACUCUCUCUCACCUGUUAUAUGCUAAUAGGCACAAGACCUUUGAUCAA